CACGUAUUAUUCUUUGCAUCAAAUGGCAGUGCAAAUUUUUGUUUAAAUAUGGCUGGUCGUGAAGAUGAUGAAAUCGAUUACGAUGAUAAAGAGAGGAAGGGAGAUUUAGCUGUUAAAGUAAUUUGCCUCGGAGAUAGUGCCGUCGGAAAGUCGAAGUUGGUUGAACGGUUUCUUCUCGAUGGAUACAAGCCACAGCAGCACUCAACAUAUGCCCUGACUCUGUUUCGCUACCCAACCAAAAUUGAAAAUGAGUCCAUUAUUGUAGACUUCUGGGACACUGCAGGCCAAGAAAUGUUCCAGUCCAUGCACCCGUCAUACUAUCACCAAGCUCAUGCCUGCAUCUUGGUAUUUGAUGCCACCAGGAAAGUGACAUAUAAGAACCUAGCCACAUGGUACCAGGAACUGAGACAGUACCGACCACACAUACCAGUAUUCUGUGCUGCAAAUAAGAUUGAUGCCAACAUGGAUGUUACACAGAAGGCAUUCGCAUUUCCUCAGAAGCACAACAUUCCUCUUUAUUAUGUAUCAGCAUCAGAUGGAACGAAUGUAGUCAAGCUUUUUCGAGACGCGAUACAGUCGGCAGUGAAGUACAAGAAAAAUCCAUCAGACGUUACAGAUCAAAUCAUUGAAGAAUUAGAGAGAAUAUGAGAUUGUUCACAUUAUUCUUGAAUUAUUUAUACCGAUAAUCUAUAUUUAUUCAAAUACAUACUAAUACAUGCACUGCUA